UCAAAUUAUGGCUCAACCAAAACGACUAACGAACCCUAUACUAUCUCACAAAUUGCGAAGGUUGUUCUUCUGAUUAGGCCGACACAUCUAACAAUGGCGACGAACAACAUCGUCCGUUUGAUCGCACCAAGCGGAUCCGCCUCCUCUAGAUUGCUCCAGCCAGUGUCACGGUUUUUAAGCUCCGGUACUCCUCCUCCGCCGCAGGCUCCAUCCCCGUCUCCGAAUCAGGAUCUGAACCAGAACGUGAAGCCAGAUCAGAAUCUUCAACAGAAUCUGCAGAAGGAAGAAGAAGGGGAAGAAGAAGGAGAAGGAGGUGGAGAGUUUGUGAACAAAGAUACUGGUGAGAUCGGAGGACCUAGAGGUCCUGAGCCGACUCGGUACGGCGAUUGGGAACAACGUGGUCGAUGCUCCGAUUUCUAAGACGAUUCAUGAAUCUCAUUGCUUUAGCUUGAGUUCUUCUUUUUACUAUUUCUGGGAAAAGUGGGAAAAAAAAAAUCGUUUUAUGUCAUGUAUCUGCAAAAUAAUAGAGAACAUCAAAGAAAACGUUUCUGAUUCAUAUUGGCUCGUUGCCUUUGCUUGGGAAUGUUUAUUUGAAUACAUAAUUAUUCCAUAAAACUGUAUUAUUAUGAAGUUUUUAUUUUGUU